CGUAGGCUCCCGCCCGAAUCCUGGUGCCCAGGGCGUCCCGGGGGCGGUCCGGCUGCGCCGGCGAUGGCGCAUAAAACCGCCGGCCACCUGCCGGGGCGCUCCUCCGUGCGCCGCCGUCUGGGCCCCGCCGUGCCGCUGCGGCCCGCCUGCCCUAGAGUCGCCGCCUGUGUCGCCUGUGUCUCGGUCCCCGUCCCCCCAGGCGCGGAGCCACGCGAGGGCCGGGCGGGAGCCAGGGCGCGCAGACAUGGGCAGCCGCGCCAGAGCGCGCCGGGCGGUCGCGGUGCUGGGCUUCGCUGGGCUGCUGUGCGCCGUGCUGGGAGCCGUCAUGAUCGUGGUGGUGCCCACGCUCAUCAAGCAGCAGGUCCUCAAGAAUGUGCGCAUCGACCCCAGUAGCCUGUCCUUCAACAUGUGGAAGGAAAUCCCUGUGCCCUUCUACCUGUCCAUCUACUUCUUCGACAUCGUCAACCCCGACGCCAUCCUCCUGGGGGAGAAGCCGCAGGUGCGGGAGCGCGGGCCCUACGUGUACAGGGAGUUCAGGCACAAGAGCAACAUCACCUUCAAUGGCAAUGACACGGUGUCAUUCCUUGAGUAUCGCAGCUUCCAGUUCCAACCUGACAAGUCCCAUGGCCUGGAGAGUGACUAUAUUGUUAUGCCCAACAUCCUGGUCUUGGCCGCGGCGAUGAUGAUGGAGAAUAAACCCAUGAGCAUGAAGCUGAUCAUGACCUUGGCGUUCAGCACGCUGGGGGAGCGCGCCUUCAUGAACCGCACCAUAAGCGAGAUCAUGUGGGGUUAUGAUGACCCCCUCAUACACCUCAUCAACAAGUACCUCCCAGACGUGUUUCCCUUCAAGGGCAAGUUUGGGCUAUUUGCAGAGCUCAACAACUCCAAUUCAGGGCUCUUCACCGUGUUCACGGGGGUCAAAGACUUCAGCAGGAUCCACCUCGUGGACAAGUGGAACGGACUAAGCAAGGUCAGCUUCUGGCGUUCUGACCAGUGCAACAUGAUCAACGGGACCUCGGGACAGAUGUGGGCGCCCUUCAUGACUCCGGAAACCUCGCUGCAAUUCUACAGCCCCGAGGCUUGCCGGUCCAUGAACCUGGUCUACAAGGAGUCGGGGAUGUUUGAAGGCAUCCCCACCUAUCGCUUCGUGGCCCCCAGCACCCUGUUUGCCAACGGCUCUGUCUACGCGCCCAACGAGGGCUUCUGCCCGUGCCUGGAGUCCGGAAUUCAGAACAUCAGCACCUGCAGAUUCAACGCACCCUUGUUUCUCUCACACCCUCACUUCUACAACGCCGACCCGGUGCUGGCCGAGGCAGUGCUGGGCCUCCAUCCCAACCAGGAGGAGCAUUCCUUAUUCCUGGAUGUCCACCCGGUCACCGGGAUUCCCAUGAACUGCUCCGUGAAAUUACAGCUGAGCCUGUAUAUCAAGGCAAUCAAAGGCAUCGGACAAACGGGGAAGAUCGAGCCUGUGGUCCUGCCGCUGGUGUGGUUCGAAGAGAGCGGGGCAAUGGAAGGUGAGCCCCUGCAGACCUUCUACAACCAGCUGGUGUUGAUGCCCAGUGUGUUGCACUACGCCCAGUACGUCCUCCUCGCCCUGGGCUGCGUCCUGCUGCUCAUCCCUAUCAUCUACCAGAUCCGGAGCCAAGGUCCUGGAGACGCCACGAGCCAGCCCAGCACGGCCGCUCAGCCAGACCGGCUCCCCGGCCCCUGUACCCCGCUUCUUCAGGACUCUCUUAGCGGACAGCCCACCAGUCCUAAAGUCUGAGCCCCCCAGUUGCCACACGCGUGUCCACACACUGCACACCCCCUAGCACGUGUACACGCACGCGUGCACAGACGUGUGCAGGCACACUCAGGGAUGGAGCUGCUGCUGAGGAGACUCGGAGAGCUGGUCAACGAGGACAGUCUGGAACCUUCCGUCCAAGUGACCCGCAGUACCGUGGGCACUGGGUCCCCUCCCUUGAGAGAGCCCAGCCUGACCUGCUCAUCCAGGGGGCCCCGUCGCCUGCUGCCUCCUCCCCCCCAGCGCCCUCUCCACCAGUCACGAAAUACUGCAGUCCCCGCUUGGUGGCUCAGCCACACGGGACAGGCCUUUUACUCUGAGGGGCCGGCUACUGUCCCCAAACCCAGUCCGGGAACACAGACUUCUCAUGCCAAAGCCGUAUGGGCAGGGGGCUGCCCAGUCCUGCCCAGACCCGGAGCUUUGGCCCUCAUCCGUCCGUCUGGGCUGGGGGCGAGGCCCUUUCACACAGGCCUCAGUAAACACGUGAGCUCGAGAUGCGUCUCAAGGCUGCUCCCACUGUCUCCCCAUUCCCCAAACAGAUGUUGAUUUUCCUGAAGUCCGCACGGGGACCAGGCUUGGGUGCCUGGGGCCCACUUCCUCCAGCCUAAACUGACGCCUUCCUGUAUACUGAGCCGGCCACUCCCCACUGUGGGUGGUGGGAUGCUCCGCCCCAAGCUGCCCCCCGCGAGGGCCCUCGGCUCUUAGGUGCCGGGGCAGAGGUGCGGAAGCCUGGCCCCAUCAGUCCGGGGGUCCGGUCUGGUCGGGUGGGAGACCCAUCCACCCACAACUCCUGCUCUGGGGCAAGCCUCAGCCUCUUUUCUACUGCAACAGAAGUGAAAUUUAUCAUCUUUUAAAAGUAAUUCACUAUUGAAGUAAUAAACCUUUUUUAAAAGUUAAA